AUGGUGGAAUGGAAGUUCGAUUACAGUGACUUGGAUAAGAUUACGGAAAACAAGCCGGAGACGGGACCAGGAGUGAGCGAAAAGGGCGAGCUGUGCGGAAUAAUGUACGAUGAUGAAUACAAGGAGAUAAUGCGGGUGUUUAGAGGCGUUCUGAGCCUGAAGGAAAAAUCCGAGCGUGCGCUGUACGCGACCGAGGUCGCGAUCCUGGCCGUGCCAGCGUUUUACACCGCCUGGAAUUAUCGUUUUGAUAUCGUAAAAGCGCUAUACGGGGACAGCGGAGAUCAAUUGGACAGAGAACUCGACUGGCUUGACGAAUUCACACUCGCGAACCCCAAAAACUACCAGAUAUGGUCUUACCGGCAGGCUGUGCUGAAAGUGCAUCCAAAGCCUAUCUUCCGACGCGAAUUGCCCAUUCUGGCUGCGAUGCUCGACGAAGACUCGAAAAACUACCAUGUAUGGUCCUAUCGGCGGUGGUGCGUUCAGUUUUUCGGCGUGCUUGACGAAGAGCUGACGUUCGCCGACGCUCUCAUCGUACGCGAUGUUUUCAACAACAGUGCGUGGUGUCACCGCAUGUUCGUUAUGAAGGAGCUCGAAGUAGAUUUGGCACAACGGGCGGCCAGCGCCGAGAUCGAAUACGCCAAGGCAAAGAUUUUGAUUGCUCCUCAAAACAUCAGUCCCUGGAACUACCUCCGUGGAAUCUACAAUGGGAUUCUCGGGAGCCAGUUCGAUGCAGAAAUCGUGACAUUUGCUCUUGCGUUUGCGGGCGAUGUAUUUGACGCCCACGGAGAUGCCAGCCCAACCGCGAACGCUCAAUCGUCGUUUGCACUCGAGUUCUUGGCUGCUAUCUAUUCGCAGAACGAAGAAACUGCUCCCAAGGCAAUAGCGGCUUACAACGCCUUGAGCAGCAAAUACGAUCCAAUCCGGAAAAGCCUCUGGGAUCACAAGAUUGCGCGAUUGCGGACAUGA